UCACAUGAAUGCAACAUACUUUCACGCGGGAAAGUGUGAAAAAGUGCGGUAGUCGCGCCGAGAAGCUGCAGGAGAAGCUGGGGGUAGAAGCGUGCUUGCAUUACGUUUAGUGCUCCUAGUUUCGUAAUUUUUAAUAGUCCUUUUUUAUUUCGUAAUUUCCCGGUGUAGUUAACAAACCUGUGCACAAUGCCUGCUCUAGACGUGAUAGACGCUUCUGCCGUUUCUCCAUCAAAGAAAGCGAGGCUGGAGGAGCGGGCUGCAGAAGUGACCCCCGUGCUCAAGUUCGCAAAACUGUCCGAACACGCGACGACACCGACACGAGGAUCCGCCAAAGCUGCAGGAUACGACCUCUACAGCGCGUAUGACUACAUUGUUGGACCUAUGGACAAGGCGAUUGUAAAGACAGACAUCCAGAUAGCAGUUCCACCUGGUCACUACGGUAGAGUGGCUCCCAGGUCUGGGCUGGCGGCAAAACACUUCAUCGAUGUUGGAGCUGGUGUUGUAGACGAAGACUACAGAGGAAAUGUCGGAGUAGUACUGUUCAACUUCAACAAGGAACCGUUUGAAGUGAAAAAAGGUGACAGAGUGGCCCAGCUGGUCUGUGAGAAAAUCUGUUACCCUGAUUUAGAGGAGCUAGAGACCCUUGAUGAAACGGAGCGAGGAGCUGGAGGAUUUGGAUCCACUGGACGUAAUUGAGCUAAUCUAUUAUUAAAAUAUUAAUAAAGGUCAAUUUUGUACUUA